GUGAAAGUCUAUUAAAACGACUACGGAGUACUACUCGCUCACUAUAUGGGUUAUCGCGCUGGAGUUUUGUUUUUGCAGCAUUGAAACAUGAGGCCGCCAGUACAGAGCAACAGAAUGGCUUCCUCAUUCUCUUCCUCUUCCUCCUCAUCUUCCUAUCCCUUCUCACCCCACUCAUUCACCACCAUGGAGCAAGUCUGGGAAGACAUCAACCUCUCCUCUCUCCAUAACCACCUGCAUUCCACUUCUUCUUCAAACAGAGCCGUCCUAGGUACGACUUCCGCCGCCGCCGCGGGCAUUAACUUUCAAGACUUCCUGACUCAGCCGGCCUUUUCCGGAAAGGGUCGUGCACCGCUGCCGAACGCGGAGGCAUCUCCGCCUAUGCUGCUCGACUUGAACUCAAUCGCGGUACCGGAUCUUCACUUCAUGCCGCCGCCGCCGCCGCCUCGGAUGAGAUCUGUGGACUUGGAGGAUUUGGGGUGCUUUUCGGCCGGUAGAGGGGGCGACAACAAUGGUAGGAUCCUGAAACGGUCCGUCGACGACUCUGACCAAAAUUCCACUGACCGGAGGCACAAAAGGAUGAUUAAAAACCGGCAGUCGGCUGCUCGAUCAAGAGCUAGAAAACAGGAAAGUGCUGUUUGCUUUGCUUUUAUCUUAAUUACUUCUAUAUAGCUACGCACAUACUACCUACAUUCUUGAUUCUUCUACAUACACACACUUUUUUUGGAUUUAUUCCAUUUUAGAAUUUUUUUACCUUAUGUUCUGUUAUUCUUUUAGACAUAAAUAAAUUAGUUUGCUUCUUAAAAAAAGACCUGUGUCACUUUUUUUGUUCUACUUUGCAAAAAUUUCAGACCUACAAUUUCUUGAAUUUUAGCAAGUUCAUUAUAAAAAUAGUUCAGAAAAACAACGUAUUUGGUCUGCCUCUUAUGCUGUGUCCGUGAAUUUGUCUUCUUAUGACUUGUUUUGUUCCUCAAGAAUUUUCAUACAUGUUUGCUUAAAUAGAUGUAAAAUGUUAUAAAAAUGGGAACCCAUGUUUGUUACCCAGCUAGCUAAUAAGCAUCUACGUAUAUUAGCUUUGUAGCCUUGGUAUAAUUAAACACCUAAAUCCUAAUUCGCUUGUUUCUUUCCAGAACAAUGAUGUCAUUCAGUUAGUGAUGAUAUUCAUUAAAUGUUUUUUGCCAAACCAUGUAACUUUUGUUUAUAAAGAUCAUUGUUUCUUUCCUGAAAUAGGACUCACAGAUUUCUAUUUGGGGAAGCUUUUACUGUUUUUCACUUCUCUACUUCCUUGUAGCAUACUCCCGCCUCAACCCAGCUAAUAAAGUUGCAAAAAACAGUUUAAAUAGUCCGAAAUGAAUGAAUAAGCAAGUAUAUAUAUAGUGCAUGAGCUGCCAGUGAUGUUUUGAGUUGACUGAGGACAGGCUUACACAACUCAGUUGGAGGAGGAAGCGCACAAUUUGGUGGAAGAGAACAACAAGCUCAAGUUACAGCUUCAACAGCAGUUGUGUGCUUCAGAAGCUCCUACACUAAAAAAGAGCUCUCUUCACCGAACCUCAUCUGCCCCAUUUUGAGUAUGGCCUCUCCCAGAUGGAUUCUUUCUCUACAAUUAAAGGCUUGCUUGGCUUGCUUUUUUUUUGCCUACUAUACUACUACGGAGUAUUGUUUUUUGACAAAAUCUUGUCCUAAUUUAAGCAAUGUGUGUAUGUAUGUGUAGUUUUUACAGUAGAUUGGAUAAAUCUAACAUCGCAUCUUAGAAUGUAGGCCAGACAAUAUGUAAUUCCAAAUAUGGAAGGCCAGUAACUUUCUUUUUUUGGUAAUGUAAAUGUAUGGGAAGUGGGAACAUAAGAUAGGAGUGGACCCUCACUGCCUAUAUUUCUUACGCAGUAUUUAUUUAUUUAUAUUAAAUAUCUUUUUUUUUACAGUAUGUA